AGCUGAAUCCUUCCCAAUGGCAGCGAUGAGGGGGUUACUAGUGUGUUUCACCGCGGUGGGAGCGGCGCGUGCUUUGCAAGCCAACGCGGUUUUUAAAACUUCCAAAACAACCAUCCUUUGUAAAAACUGUUUGUCGUUGUUGAAGGGUUUCCCGUCCCGAGAGAAACCCGUGCUGUUUAAAGCUGCAAGGACGAUGGCAGAAACAUUUCUGCAAAAGGUGGGUCGUGUAAGCGAUCCCAAAGAAAUGAGGAGCUUAGCCACCGAGUGGGUCCAUGAAUCAUUUCCAGAAGUCGAAACCGUUUCCACAGAGACGUUACAAAGUUGGAUAGAAAACAACCCAGAGGAAUUGCUCAUUCUGGACACCCGGAGUCCAGCUGAAUAUGAAGUCAGCCACCUGCCAGGGGCAAUCCUAAUUGACCCUCAGACCAAUGCUCCACAAGAACUCCUGCAGAAGCAGCUCUCUCAAGAGCAUAAUCAACAUAAACGCAUUAUCUGCUACUGCACUGUGGGAUACCGGGCCUCCAUGACUGCCCAGAACCUGACUAAGGCCUUGUCAAGUGAAGACAGCAUAACCCCAAAGCCUGCCCCAAAGAUUUAUAAUGCUGAAGGUGGGCUUGCGAAGUGGGCAACUGAAAGAAAGCAGAUGAUAGAUAAGCAGGGGGGUCCCACUUCCCUGGUUCACCCCUAUAGUGCAGAAUGGGCAAAACUACUGGAACCAGAGCUGCAGGCCCAGAUCUAAAUGACUUUGUACAAUCUGUAGCUUGAACUCAAUUGGGGUCUUUAGGCGAUCUUGCAGUACACAUAACAACAGAAUUUAACUGGUGCUCAUAGCAGUUCCCACACUGUUACAGCACUAGUACAGGUGAUAUAGGAGAUGAACAUAGAUUUUAGCUGCCUUUAUUGACGUGAAGAUCUACUUAUAUAUACACCAGACCAGAUCUUCAGCCUCUGUAAACUGCGGCAAUAACUGAAGCCAGGGCAGUUUUACCAGUUUACAUCGGUUGAAUAUCAUUGAAAUCUAGAUUAGCAAGUAAAGAACACAUAACAAUGCUGAAUGACUGACCUGCCUGCCACAAGCUGAGAAUAUGGAAAUUAAGUCUGAAAUGCAUUGUUACUGCUGAAUAGCAGACAAAGUGCAACAUAGGCAUAUUCGUCCUCUUUCCAAAAAAGAAAAGGGGACUUCAGAUUUAUAAAUCUUUCCCUUCCUUCUUCAUGUCUGUAACUCUGCUCCCUGUAAGCAGAUGCAAAAUGUGAAAAUUAAUAUUAGUAGAUCAAAGCAUGAUGGAUAGGGAUGGCAAAGCAGUGACUUUCUAGCUUCUCUGCUGCUAUUUAAAUUUGCUAGUGCAAUACAGUAAAGGCAAACUUUGCCUUUCAGGGAAUAUUGUUGUAGCCAAUUAUCCCGGUAAAGAGAGAGGUGGGGAAAGGUAAAGAAAAUGGGAGGAUUAAGUGAGAGUACUUUCUGCUAAUGAGUAGUUCUAAACAGCGCCCAAAGAUUUACCCACAUAGGAUGAAAAUAACUUUAAUUCUGGGUGCUUGCAAAGGUGAGGUACAAAUAGUUACAGUUUCACGGAUGCCUAAAUAAAUAUUUGGGAAAAGUAGAAACCCUCUCUUUAAAUGCACUCUAGCCAACCUGUCUGUGCUUAUUGUUUGCUCGAAUGCCAUAUAAUCUUGCUGAACCUCUGAAGUUCUGAGCAGAUAUUUCUAAAUAUACUCACCUCUCAGCGGGAUCACUGGACUUUUUUAGCUGAGCGAAAAUAGUGCAUCGUUGUUUGAACCUCUGUCUUUUCUUAGACCACUUUUCCUUUAAAAAGCAUUUGAUUGUUAUAUAUACAUCUCUGUAUGCUUUUAUAGAAUACUACAACUAAGAGAAAUUUGAAACCGUAAUUAUAAUUUCUGAGGCUCCUGAUUCUGCAGUCUUACUGCUUUACUCUUGAAAGAAGAAUAAAUGCUGCAGUUUUA